AUGAACGAACAGUGUGCGGCUCAUUGGGGUCAUGCGUUUGGAGUGGUUUCCGACGUCUUCGAAGACUUGUUGGUUUUGGAAUGCGACCCGGCUAAUUUAGCUGCCAACUUUGGUUUUCUCUUGUUUGCUCGCCUCGUAGGCCAGAUUGUUUCGGAGUUUGCGAACUGCUGUCGCGGAGAUCAUCACCAUCACAAUAUUGAGCAUGCCUUGAAUGCUUCAUUGGCCUUCAUCAACGACAUGCGCAACAUCGACCGCAACUACCGUGGCAUCUAA